GGGGAAUUGUUUGACAGCUGCUGCCAGAACAGAUCUGUGCCUUUCACUUCCCCCUUUGCCCUCAUUGUAACAAGGAGAUUACAAGCCUGGGCUGCUCCUUGGCUCACAAUACACCAGUGACUCAAGCUGAAAAGUUAGGAGCGCACUGACGAAGGGCAAGAAGCGACUACAACAGGUUCAGCUGGUUCUGCUCCAGGAGCCCGGGGGGAUCAGAACAGGUGGGACUGCUGCCUCUUCCAUGUGCCAAUGGCUUUUAUCAGCAUCGAUUCUGCCCACUGCAAGGCACUGCUACUCUUAUCCCAGAUAUUUCUGAUAUGGCAUGGAGGAACCCCAGUGACGGCUCACUCAGAACCCUCACCUGCAAAAAAUGUGGCCGUUACAGGCCAAACAACAACCUCAGUGACUUUAUCAUGGGCCCUUCCUAAUGAUACCAACAGCAGCAAUUAUACAUAUGAGAUCAUGGUGGUGUCUGAUGGUGGCACAGCUUUGAACACAACUAGUAAAACCAACAGUACAGAAGUGAAAGAUCUGAAAGCGGGAGUAACCUACUCAUUCUCUGUAUUUACUGUGACACAGGAUAAUAUAACAAGUUCUGCUGUAUCUGUCAAUGCUACAACAAAACCCUCACCUGUACAAAAUGUGGCCGUUACAGGCCAAACAACUACUUCAGUGAAUUUAUCAUGGGCCCUUCCUACUGAUACCAACAGCAGCACUUAUACAUAUGUGAUCGUGGUGGUGUCUGAUGGUGUCACAGUUUUGAAGACGACUAGUAACACCAACAGUACAGAAGUGAAAGAUCUGAAAGCGGGAGUAACCUACUCAUUCUCUGUAUAUACUGUGACACGGGAUAAAAUAGAAAGUUCUGCUGUAUCUGUCAAGGCCACAACAAAACCCUCACCUGUACAAAAUGUGACCGUAACAGGCCAAACAACUACUUCAGUGAAUUUAUCAUGGGCCCUUCCUACUGAUACCAACAGCAGCAAUUAUACAUAUGUGAUCGUGGUGGUGUCUGAUGGUGUCACAGUUUUGAACACGACUAGUAACACCAACAGUACAGAAGUGAAAGAUCUGAAAGCGGGAGUAACCUACUCAUUCUCUGUAUAUACUGUGACAUGGGAUAAAAUAGAAAGUUCUGCUGUAUCUGUCAAGGCCACAACAAAACCCUCACCUGUACAAAAUGUGGCCGUAACAGGUCGAACAACAACUUCAGUGAAUUUAUCAUGGGCCCUUCCUACUGAUACCAACAGCAGCACUUAUACAUAUGUGAUCGUGGUGGUGUCUGAUGGUGUCACAGUUUCGAACACGACUAGUAACACCAACAGUACAGAAGUGAAAGAUCUGAAAGCGGGAGUAACCUACUCAUUCUCUGUAUAUACUGUGACAUGGGAUAAAAUAGAAAGUUCUGCUGUAUCUGUCAAGGCCACAACAAAACCCUCACCUGUACAAAAUGUGACCAUAACAGGACGAACAACAACCUCAGUGAAUUUAUCAUGGGCCCUUCCUACUGAUACCAACAGCAGCACUUAUACAUAUGAGAUCGUGGUGGUGUCUGAUGGUGGCACAGCUUUGAACACAACUAGUAACACCAACAGUACAGAAGUGAAAGAUCUGAAAGCGGGAGUAACCUACUCAUUCUCUGUAUAUACUGUGACAUGGGAUAAUAUAAAAAGUUCUGCUGUAUCUGUCAAGGUCACAACAAAACCCUCAUCUGUACAAAAUGUGGCCGUAACAGGCCGAACAACUACUUCAGUGAAUUUAUCAUGGGCCCUUCCUACUGAUACCAACAGCAGCACUUAUACAUAUGUGAUCGUGGUGGUGUCUGAUGGUGUCACAGUUUCGAACACGACUAGUAACACCAACAGUACAGAAGUGAAAGAUCUGAAAGCGGGAGUAACCUACUCAUUCUCUGUAUAUACUGUGACAUGGGAUAAUAUAGAAAGUUCUGCUGUAUCUGUCAAGGUCACAACAAAACCCUCACCUGUACAAAAUGUGGCCGUAACAGGUCGAACAACAACCUCAGUGAAUUUAUCAUGGGCACUUCCUAAUGAUACCAACAGCAGCACUUAUACAUAUGUGAUCGUGGUGGUGUCUGAUGGUGUCACAGUUUCGAACACGACUAGUAACACCAACAGUACAGAAGUGAAAGAUCUGAAAGCGGGAGUAACCUACUCAUUCUCUGUAUAUACUGUGACAUGGGAUAAUAUAGAAAGUUCUGCUGUAUCUGUCAAGGUCACAACAAAACCCUCAUCUGUAAAAAAUGUGACCGUAACAGGCCGAACAACAACUUCAGUGAAUUUAUCAUGGGCCCUUCCUACUGAUACCAACAGCAGCACUUAUACAUAUGUGAUCGUGGUGGUGUCUGAUGGUGUCACAGUUUCAAACACGACUAGUAACACCAACAGUACAGAAGUGAAAGAUCUGAAAGCGGGAGUAACCUACUCAUUCUCUGUAUAUACUGUGACACAGGAUAAUAUAGAAAGUUCUGCUGUAUCUGUCAAGGCUACAACAAGACCCUCACCUGUACAAAAUGUGGCCGUUACAGACCGAACAACAACCUCAGUGACUUUAUCAUGGGCCCUUCCUACUGAUACCAACAGCAGCACUUAUACAUAUGAGAUCAUGGUGGUGUCUGAUGGUGUCACAGUUUCGAACACGACUAGUAACACCAACAGUACAGAAGUGAAAGAUCUGAAAGCGGGAGUAACCUACUCAUUCUCUGUAUAUACUGUGACAUGGGAUAAUAUAACAAGUUCUGCUGUAUCUGUCGCCGCAACAACAACCCCUAAUGCACCUGCCAAUGUUAGUGGAAAUCCGGUUAACACCACAGCAGUUUCCAUCAGCUGGACGCCACCCAGUGAUAGCAAUAAUAAAAAUUAUACUUACACUGUAUUAUGGAACGAAAAACCUGGAACAUUAAAUCGAAGCAGCACAACAAGCAACACAACGGUUAUCGGCGGUCUGACUGCAGGAAACCGUUACAAUGUGUCCGUCAUCUCUGUCAUCAAUAACGUGACUAGUGUGGAAGUUAUGACAUAUCUACAGACUAACCCAGAGCCUCUUGGGAGUAACAUUACAGUCACUAUCACCAACAGUACUGUGACUGUCGUCUGGACAAACCCUUCAGGGGGCAGUUACAGUGGAAUUGAAAUCAAGGCAGAGGCAGAGGAUGGAACACACAAUGUAACGAAAAACGUAACAAGCCAAAGUAUAAACCAAGGGACUCUGGAUGGUCUAAUUCCUGGCACAGACUACAAAUUAACCAUACGAAGCUAUAGUGCUUCCUCAACCACAACACAGAGCUCAGGAAGGAUUAGUCGCAGAGCAGCAGCUGAUACUAUAAUAACAUACAGCGAACCAGUCACCAAACAAAUACAGAUGGAUCCAAAUACUGUCACGGGGAUCGAAUGUUAUAAAAUCAAUGGAGGGUACAAACUAAGUGUGAAUUUUUUCUGCCCCACUGGUUCAUUCACAUCAAUUAAAAUCCUAGCUGAUGACAAUGUCAAGGAAACAAUACCAGCAUCGGAUUGUAAGAACGUGACAGUGACAAAUUUACAGCCCGCAAGGCAAUACAAAAUCAAAGUAACGUCUUUCGCAAAAGAAAAACAGGCCUCUGUUAUCAUACUCUGUGCUACGGAUGAUGUAGGAGUUAUUGUUGGAAGCAUAUUUGGCGUGCUCUUGUUCCUGCUUCUUGUGGGGCUGCUGGCCUUUUUUGUUGUGAAGAAAAGGAGAGGCUUAAAUAACAAAUUUGGACAAGGUUCCCGCAGUUUGGAUAAAAUAAAGAUAAAAAGAGUCCCAUCAGUGAUUAAAACAGCGUUUCCAGAUUAUUACCAGAGACAGCACGCAGAUAGUGACUUUGGAUUUGCAGAAGAGUAUCAGCAACUCAGCACUGUAGGUACCGACCAGUCUAAACGAGCAGCAGAACUCACAGAAAACAGAUCCAAGAAUAGAUUCACCAACGUCUUGCCUUAUGACAACUCCAGAGUCAAACUCAACCAAAUUGAUGGGAAUAACACUUCGGAUUAUAUCAAUGCUAACUACAUGCCUGGCUACAAUUCUUCAAAAGAAUUCAUAGCUUCCCAAGGUCCACUGCCCAACACAAGCGCAGACUUCUGGAGGAUGGUUUGGGAAAAUCAAGUCAGUACAAUUGUAAUGUUGACCAACUGCACGGAGAAUGGCAGGGUGAAAUGCGACCAUUAUUGGCCUUUGGAUUAUACCCCAUGCACUUACGGAGACAUCACCGUGACUGUAACCUCAGAAACCAUCCUUCCUGAUUGGACAAUACGGGAUUUUUCCAUUAAACAUGCCAAGCAACAGGGCAAUAAGUAUGCUCGUCAUUUUCACUUUACGGUCUGGCCCGACCACGGUGUUCCAGAAAACACGACAGCCAUCGUCCAGUUUCGGAGCCUUGUUCGAGACUACAUGGACCAGAAAAGGAGUAGUGGACCCACGAUUGUUCACUGCAGUGCUGGUGUUGGGAGGACUGGGACACUGAUUGCCCUGGAUUACCUGAUCCAGAAGAUGGAGAAGGAACAGCGUAUUGGAAUAUAUGGCUUUGUUCAGAAGAUGAGACUGAACCGUCCCUUAAUGGUGCAGACAGAGAGUCAGUAUGUAUUCCUGAAUAAAUGUAUGCUGGAUCUGCUUCAAACUCCUCCGGAAGAAAACAUUUAUGAGAAUCAGAUUGGUGGGGAUCUCAUCUAUGAAAAUGCCAGCGUCGUGCGGGAUUACCAAAAAGACAAUCUCUAACCGACCACAAGAAUCAGUGGACCAUUGGACAUAAAAAAAAGACUUUACUAAAUGCUAAUCAAGUGCCUUUGGCCGGGCAGUUAUUCCUGUGCCUUAAUUGGGUUUUUAUGCCUUAUGAAUAACCAUCCUGUUAAUAAGAAGAUGCUGGCAUCUGA